AUGGGGUCACAGCCUCCACCUUUGCUGGCCCGCGGUCCUCCUGGGGCUGAAGGUGGAAAUCUGCUCCACUGUGGACCUCCAUGGGCUGCAGGGGCACAGCUGCCUCACCAUGGUCUUUGUCACGGGCUGCAGGGGAAUCUCUGCUCUGGUGCCUGGGAUGAAAAAUCAUCAAAACCAAGCGAGGCACUUCUAUUUUUUUCCAGGAGCCACACGCACACCAUACUGACACCGGCAGGUUCAAGAGUUGUGCACAAGCAGGAGCCUAAAGAAGCAGGUGACAGCAAGAAGCCAGCCCCACCCCGUGCCCCUGACCAGCGGCCCGGAGGGCCGGUCCAGGAGAGCCGAGGGGAGCCAGGCCACCUCCGGGGGACGCAACCCCGGCGGAAGCGCGGCCCCCGCACGCCGCCUCCUCGCCGGCACCACCGCCGACGGAGGAGCAGGAGGAGAAGGAAACCCCCCACGGGCGGCCCGACGGGCCACGGGACGCGGCCGAGAGCGCCCAUCUGGGGCUGGCAGCGCUCCCGCCCCCGCUGCCCGCCCGCGGCUCCGGCGGCUCCACUGGGAGAGGGGGCGCCCGGCUCCGCGGUGCCCACGCAGCCUCCUCGGGGCGCCGGCCCCCGAACCGUCCUAGCCCACGGAUACGGAUCCUCGGGGCUGGAGCGGCUUCCUGGCCGCGGGAUCCCGGCUGGGGCGAACCGGCAUAACCGUGCGGCGCUCCCGGCGCAACUCUCUCCCCACUCCUGCCGCCCGUCCCGCCGGCCCCGCGGAGCUGCUCCCGCUGCUGCCCGGCAGCGCUCCUCGCCCCGGCUCGGCUCACCUCACGGCGCGGCCGGUGCCCUGCGGAGCCCGGCGCAGCACAAGCGCGGCCUGAACCCAUCCCUCCGGGAAGUUUCCUGCCAUCGCAGCAGCUGGGGAAAACAAAAGCUUCAGAGCCGGGAGCGGGAGGAGGAGGAGGAAGGGAAGCGCAAGCGGAGAAGUGAGAGGCAUUGCUCGCCCGCCGCGCCGCUGCCCUCGGCUGCCGACUCCUGCGGAGGGCAGCCCGCUCAGCGCCGCCUCCCCAUUGGCUUCGGCGGCGCCUCUGCUGCCCGAGCAGCGCCGCGGAAACGCCGGACUGAGGAGCAGGCAGGCGAGCCAGCGCCUCUCUCCCCUCCCUGCCUCCGUCCGUCCCUGCCCGGCGCCGGCAGCUCUCCCCGCACCGCGCGUCCCGCCGCCGCAGCGCCGCCGAGCCCCGCCCGCGCCGCGGCUCCGCCUCCCGGGGGCGCGCGCACGCUCGGGCCGAGCGGGUCCCACCGCCCCCGGUGCCCGUGGGCGCUCCCGAUGGAGCCGCCCCGCCGACCCUCCGCUCCGCAGCAGCGGGCAGCUCGGGCUGGGCUGAGCCGCUCCGCAAGGCCGCCCCUUCCAAUUCUCACCGCCCAGCGCCAGCACGCUGUUCCUGUAAAAGUUGGAGGCGUGUCUUUAAAAACCGAGAAUUCUCCUCUCUCUUGCAGUAGCAGAAAAGUAUGCACCUCUGUCUGUUGUGGUGUGGAACAGCAGUGCUGAAUGAAGCACUGGCCUUUUCUGUUUCAUUUACCAGGGAGAGCCUUGGACAACUUGCUGAUUGCUGAGUGAAUUUGAAGAUAUGAAAAACCACAGCAUAGUGUAACAAUGAAGGAACAGUAGCAAGAUCUGACCUUGGUGGAUUUAUUCAUGUGCUUGAAGUUACACAAGUCUUUUGCUCUGUUUACCACAGUAACUAGCGUGAGCAAAUGCUUUGGGAUCCUUACAUUAUAGUCUAGUGAAACUAGCCGGAAUGGCUUUUCAAUGUCUUAAUGCAGGAAAUUAUCUACAGUGCAUCAUCUGAACCUGUCCAGUGUUUUGUGCAACUACACUCUCUAAGAAGAGGAUAACACAACAGGACUUCUGCCACAAGCACCUUUCUUUUGUGAUGUCACAAAUUUGGUAAGGCAAAAUCUAAUUCUGUGCAUCAUGUUAGAACUGUAGCCAUUCAUUAAUCAGCAAAUUUGACUUUUAAUAGAUGCUGUAAAUCAAGAUGGACAACAUAGAUGGUAUUUAUUAGAAAAUUACAAAAGGUCCCUAUAAUAAUACAGAUUUCUGAACUGCUAACCAAUGACAAAUGCUUCACAGAUCCUCCAAUUAAAUAAAAACAAUGGUGAAAAACUCAUUUAUCAUUAAAAGAGAGCAUUACCUUAAGUAAGGUAAGCAAUUUACCACUGAGAUAUAUCUGUGUUGGAAUCCCCUUCUAUGAAUGAACAACUAACUUCAGCAAAGAAUGAACAUGAAAUAAUGAGUUUAAAACAAAAUUUUCUGUUCAGUCAAUUUAAUAAGAAUAUAAAAAUUUUACUGUGAUGUUGCACAUAAUUUUCAGUUCUCUCUUUAAAAAGGUUACUACCCUAUUUUAACUACACCUGAGAUUAGGUAAGUUUUUGAAUUCUUUUUAAGUACCCUUUGUCCUAAAUAUUCCUUACUAUUUUUAGAACAGCACUAGUAACUUAACAGUGACUUUCACCUGUGGAGGCCUUUACAAUUCACACUCCUUAGAGAGAAUGAAGAUGUCUAAGAACAUACAUGAACAUGGGAAAUGCCCCACUGGGUUGGACUGUGGAUCUUUUUUUUUUGUCUCAGACAGGGGUAAGAGACCCUGGUGCACAUCAGGUAUUUUGUGUGUACAUCAAAUGAGGAGGGUGCCAUCUCUCCUCCAGAAAUGCUCAUUGAACUUCUAGCUGCACUUUUUCCUCUGAACUUUAUACACUCCCUAACCAAGGCCCUUUCCAGUUGCAGGGUCUCCUCAUCAACGGCUUCCAGGCCCUGCCCGUGUUGGUUGUUAACAUCACCAAAAGACGUAAGCUUGAUGGGGGGAUCCUGGUGACAGUGGGACCUGUGUCCUUUCAUUUCACCAUCCUUCCACACCUCCAGGCAGAGCAUCACUGGGCAGCAUCCACCUGCUCCUUGGUUAACCUUCGAGAAGGAAUGGGUGAUGUCAGGGCUUCUCUGCUUCAUGCCCUCCUCCAGUUCCCUAUCUGUGUAUUUCCAGUUCUGUAACUCUUCCUUUUCUAUCAUUUGUUGUUCAUUGCUGUUCAAUUUUUUCUCCUUGUUUUCAUUACCUAUAGCCCUCUCCCUCCCUAGGGGGCCUUCAAGGUUUUGCUAAUACAUACCUAAACAGAAAAACAAAUAGAAACAGCAGCAGUAGGAGAAACUAUUCAUAGAGUGCACACAAGCUUGGCCACCUUCUUCAAACCAUGUUCUUUGUACUCCCGUAGCUUCCAUGGCUCUUAUGAAGAUAAAUCGUUGCUUAGUCCUUUCACUAUCCACUUUUUGGAUUUUUUGUAAGUGAACUUAUCCAAUUCUUGUCUGAACCUACUGUUGGGAUCUGCUGCCACAACCUCUUUCAGCAGCAAGUCUAAAAAUACACUAGCCACUGUUUAAAGUAAUGUGUUAUUUUUAUCUGUUUUAAUUUAAUUCCACCAAAUAAGCCAAAAUUGUAAUGUGGUGAAAAAUGGUUCUAUAUUCAUCUUUUCAGCCACCUCUGUGAUUUCAUAAACAAGUCUUGCCACAGCGCUCUCCUAGUUGAUAAUUUUUUAGUCUGAUCUCAUAAGACAGCCGCUACCUUUAAUCCCUUUAAUAAUUGCAAUUGUUUGCUAUGUAUCUUCCCUAACUUUUAUCAGGUCCUAUUCCAGGACCAAAACUGUAGAGCAUUCAAAAUGUGGAUACAAUAGAGUUGCAUUAGAGUUAAGGCAAAAUGAUGCUUUCUCACUACCAUUUCAGAUUAUGCCAAACACUGGGUUUUGCCUCUUGUUUGACAAACUCAUGCAGGGAUUUCAGAGAAUUUCAGCCUCAAGAACUUUAACAUUUCUGAGCUGUAUCUGGUCAUUAGAUCUGGAAGUGCUUUGUGACAAUGUGUGCUUCAGAGAAAGCUAAUUAAAUACUGUUGUUAAAUUUUAGAAGCAAUGUUAACCAGAAUUUCAUUCUGAAUCCCAUAAACGAUUACUUUUUACCAUUUUUCAUAUCAUCCAUGAGUAUUGGUCCCAGUGCUGUAGGUCUUCCAAAGGAACAGCUCUACUUGGAGUGAAGUGGAAUUCUAGUUUAAAUAAGCUCAAAUGUAUCUUUGGUAUAAGGCAGACAAGGUGAAAACACUGUAGAUCUUAGCUAGGAAGACAGCAGAGAGAGCAAAUUGGAAUUAUUUUUGGAUCAGUACCUGAGUCCUAUGAUAGAAAAGCCAGCUGCUUCUCCUGUGGUUGGUGAUCUCCAUGCUGAGUGUAGAAGAAGGAGGGGAAUGAGUGCUCCUUAAACAUCACUGAAAUUUUCAUAGGUUUUUGGUUUUUUUCUUAAUUUCUAUAUUUUCAAUGUCCGAAUACCAAAAGUGAACAAUUAAAGGUGUUUAUCAGA